AUGGAUGCAAAUAAGGACCACAGACGCAGAUUAUCUACAGUUAAAAAGUGGGAAAAACUUUUGAAUUGCGAGUUAGAAUACGAUUUAAAUGGAGAUGAAGUUAUAAGAUUAAGUUUGCAGUUUAUAAGCACAGAUUCAGCUGUAUCAGAACAGGAAUUAAUUUACAUUCUUUAUUUAAAAGACGGAAGUCCGAAAGUAGAAUUCUUAUCUAUUGAAACGGGAGAGAAUUCUAAUGCUGUUGGCCUGAAAAAAUGUAUAACAGACGCUUUUACAAGAGUUGGCAUUACCAAUUCUUAUAAACAUCUAUUGGGUGUAAAUCUUGAUGGAGCUAACGUUAAUCUAGGAGCUUAUGCUGGUUUAGGCGCAUUACUAAAGGAAGGUUCUCCUUGGCUGGAAGUUGUACACUGUUUUAACCAUCGACUUGAACUUGCUUUAAAAGAUGCGUUUGAAAGUUUAUCUGCCUUCAAAACUGUUGACGAACUCCUUUUACAACUUUAUUACUUGUAUCAAAAGUCACCAAAGCGCUACCGAGAACUACAAGGAUUAGCCGAAGCUUGGGGUAAUAGCGUUCCGAAACCAACAAAUGCAUGCGGAACUCGGUGGAUUGAUCGCAAGUAUAAAGCAAUGAAAAUUGCUUUAGAAAAUUAUGGUGUGUUUAUGACACAUAUUGAACCAUUGGCUAUAACAGACUCCCAGAUAGCAAAGAGAGCUGAGUUAAAAGGUUUUUUAAAGCGAUGGAAAAAUGCGUCUGUGCCUAUUAAUUUAUCAAUAUAUCUUGAUGUUUUAUCUCCCCUUCGGCGUUUGAGUUUAAGUUUUCAGAACAAUAUUCAUGAUUCAGUAAAAGCUGUAAGUAGAGUCCAAGAAUUUACAUGGACAAUGGCCAAGCUGCAAAUUCUUCUUGAAAAUUUGUUAGACAAUUUUCUUGAUGAUACAAGUGUUAUGACCCAUUAUAAAAGACUGUCUAAAGAUAUUAGGCCGGGUGAAUAAAAAUGAGCAAUUGCUUUGACUUAGUAAUUGGUCAGCUUUACGUGAAUAAAAAUAUUAGGAGUUUUGCUCAAAUUUUUAUUCACAUAAAGUAAAGCAAUUUACUUAGUAAU